CUCGUAGCAACCAAACUUGACUUCAUUGAUGUUUGGCUUUGUGAAGUUGACUCUUUCACUUCUUCGGUUAUUUUUUGCCGGCAUUCUGCUAAAGUUAAGGGAACCCGGCUAGUGGAAAAGUAAAAGCUGGGAUAUUUUUUUUUUAUUCCAGGUAAACAGGCCAGCACCCAUGUCGUAUUCAGCACAGUUUAACACGGACUUUCUUGUACAAUCAACUUGAAUUCCUGAACUCAGCUGGCAAAAAUGAGUGAAAACAACAAUAAUGAAAAGGUCCCAGGAGAAGAGCAAAUACCACGACCGGAUUCCAGCGCUUCUUCGGUAAUAAGCCGAACUAGCUCUCCAGAACCAUGUCCAUUGAAAGACGACGUUUUCUGUGAAGAAACACAAGUUAGCCCAGAACAGCUCUCGGCCGACAUGGCAGCCAGAGGUAUUAUUAACCCCAGAAAUAAAAUUUCAGGUUCCCCUCCACAAUCUGGGAUACGUGGAAUGUUGAUAGCUGCAUGUGAUAUUGAAACAAAUACUGUCGAAGAAACCCAAGCAACAAAUAAAUCUGAUUUACAAGAAGAGGAAAAGACUGAAAAUGAACAAUUAUUAUUGGAUAAGCAUGCAGUGUCUGAAAGGGCAGCUGACAAAAACGAGACGGUACCACAAGAAAUGUCUUUCUUUAACAAAGACUCAUCUACAAGUAGGCCGUCAUCUGUAAGUUCAUCAUCAUCUGUAGGAGAAAGAACAAAUAGGCGAGAGGUUUGUUUUCAAGAUUCUGAAGAGGAUCAUUUGCUGCAAAAAGAGAGAAGUUUUAUAUCUCAUGCUGAGAAUACAACUAUAGAGGUAGUGUCAAUAUCUACUCAAACAGAAUGGAGUUGGCUGAAAGAUAUGGAGUUGUAUCAAGAAAUUUCACAUAGAUCUAAGCCUGACUGGGCUGAGAGAACAGACACAAAACUUUCUAGAGAAGUACCAAAAUCACCAUCAGCAAACAGCCAUGGCUCGGUCAAAAGACGAAGAAGGAAAUCAGUACCAGGAAGAAGAGCUUCGGUAAGCAGUGAUAAGGGACAGAUGAAAGAUGAAGACACUGUACCCCUACCAGAUGUAGAGGAAGGAAAUGAGGUGAAACAGAGCCACAAUGGAGUAGAAGAAGGAAGUACAGGAAGAAGCAAAUCAAAGUCAUCAGGCGGUGUCCCUAGAUCUCGUCAAUCUGUGGUGUCUUCAUUACCGCGAACUCCCAAGGGAGAAGACAUUCUAUUUCGACCACCCACAGUUGAGCCGGACUCAGCUAGCAGUUCAGAAGAAUAUGAAGAUUAUGACCUUGAACAGGAAUAUCUGUUACCAAGUAUUGGACCUCCAGCAAUCCUUCAGUACAUGAAAGAGUCACAGAACCCUCCGCUAUCAAAUGAAGAAGUUCAAGAUAGACAAGAGCUUGCCAAAAAUGAGAUGUUAAAGAUGAGCAGUUCUAGUGGACCAUGCAUGUUUUGUCAACAGGAAGUACUGCCAUUUCCAACCUUGGAUGAGUUGGAAAGACUUACUCCAGAUCAGCUUUACUGCUGUCCUCAAUAUGAACGCUUGAUAAAAUUUGAGUUAGCGCAGAGAACAGACAAAGCUCAUUUGGUGGACGAAAUGAUUGAUAUAAAGCCCCACCCACCCUAUGGAACCAAAGCUGCGAGAAGAGCUGCAAAGGAAAGAGCAGCAGAACGAGCAAGGGAACGGGAAAUGGAGAGACAAAGGGCAGCUGGAGCUAACCCAACCAAUUUCUACGCAUUAACACGUCAAAUGAAGACCAUCACAUACUCAUUAGCAUCUACAAAGUGUAUGGAGGAAGGCUGGACUGUGCGUCCUCCGUCACCAUCACUGACAGAUGAUGAACAAAUUCAUGACCCGUUUGUGAUUGAAGUGAAUCCUCUUCAACUGAGGAAGCAAGCAUUCCUGGAGAGAUUUUAUGAAAACAAAAGAAGAUUUCUUUUGCUGCUCCCAGAUGGCACUGGAAGCUGCUAUUACCCAAGCGGUAACAUUGCUGUGAUGAUAACUGCUACCGAAAAGGGAAAGUUUACAUACAUAGUAUUUGAUGACGAGGAAGAGAAUGAAUCAAACCCUUCCCAGAUGCUAGGAAUAUUCCAACCAUCCGGACAUGGAACUUGUUAUUUUAGAAAUGGAGCUGUCAGACUCGUUUUAAAUCCAUUUUUCGGAGUUCUUCUGGAUAAAAACGGCGCUAAGAAAAAGAAGUGGCUCUGGCAUAAUUUGAAAGAGCACGUGCACGCUCCGCCCUUUCAACCAAUCACGUUCAUGAUUACCAAACAGCUGUCAAUCAGAUGUUUGUCUCAGAAUAAAACUGUUCUCACUUUUAAUCACGGCAAACAUACGGCCCGGUUCAAUGUUGGAGCAAAACUUAAGGCUGUCAUGAAAGCAAAGNGGGUCACUACCCCUACCUUUAUGGUUUACCUUGUUGAAAUUCCCUUACAGAGGAAGCAAGCAUUCCUGGAGAGAUUUUAUGAAAACAAAAGAAGAUUUCUUUUGCUGCUCCCAGAUGGCACUGGAAGCUGCUAUUACCCAAGCGGUAACAUUGCUGUGAUGAUAACUGCUACCGAAAAGGGAAAGUUUACAUACAUAGUAUUUGAUGACGAGGAAGAGAAUGAAUCAAACCCUUCCCAGAUGCUAGGAAUAUUCCAACCAUCCGGACAUGGAACUUGUUAUUUUAGAAAUGGAGCUGUCAGACUCGUUUUAAAUCCAUUUUUCGGAGUUCUUCUGGAUAAAAACGGCGCUAAGAAAAAGAAGUGGCUCUGGCAUAAUUUGAAAGAGCACGUGCACGCUCCGCCCUUUCAACCAAUCACGUUCAUGAUUACCAAACAGCUGUCAAUCAGAUGUUUGUCUCAGAAUAAAACUGUUCUCACUUUUAAUCACGGCAAACAUACGGCCCGGUUCAAUGUUGGAGCAAAACUUAAGGCUGUCAUGAAAUUUGCAUAA